AUUUUUUUUAUAUAUCAAAAAAUAGUCUCAAAUUCAUGAAAUGAGCAUUUCACCAAAUGCUGCUGGUUUUGUAUUAAAUAGCUCUCAGCUGUCGACAUGGCGCUCCGAGUUCUUUAACCUGCCAUUGAAUCGCCUGGCGCUAAAUGUGUGCACCCUUGGUGAUCCCAUCAUUGCCAGUCAGCGAGCGAAUCUGCAGGGAUUGGCGGUGGCUGGCAAGGAGCACUAUGCGGUGACCAAGCUGAAGAAAUCCACUGUCGGCGGUCCAAUUUGGAUCUGUACUGGGCUCGACCUGCUGCGUCAAAGCUUGCGUAAGGAUUACGAACUCUCAGCCCCGUAUUUAUUUUAUUGGCACAAGCUCGAACGCUGUAAUUAUUUCCUCAAUACUGUGAUCAAGUGUCUGGCGCGGCACGAGCCAGUUGAUGGACGCACCUUUAGGUACCUGAUGAAGCACACCGUGCCCGAUGGCGGCAACUGGCAGAUGUUUGUUAAUCUAGUCAAGAAAUACGGCGUAAUGCCCAAGGAUUCCUAUCUGGCCAGCUGGUCCUCAACUCGCACAUUACAUCUUAAUCGGAUGCUCAGGAGUAAACUGCACGAGUUUAGCAGCCAGCUGCAUGCGCAAUUCAUCUUAACUGGGAAUCCCCAUAAGCUGGCCCUAAUGGUUGAACCCAUGGUUGAAGAGCUUUACAAAAUAAUCAGCAUUUGCUUGGGCACGCCGCCCACGAGCUUCACCUUUCACUUGAAGGACGAGAACCAGGAUGUGCAAUUGACGCCACUCAGUUUCUACGAGCGCAUGAUAGCGCCCUACUUUGCGCUCGAUGCCCAGGUGAGUCUCGGCCAUGAUCCCCGGCCGAGUUCCAGCUAUGAGCGCAACUAUUGCGUUGCCCACAGCUCCAAUAUGAUGAGCGGACUCGAGCAAAGCUACAAUAAUCAGCCGAUGGAUGUGCUGCUUGAGGUGAUGACAAACUCUCUGGCCGCUGGCUCGCCUGUGUGGCUGGCCUGCGAUGUCCAGCUAAUAUGCAAGAACAAGGUGGGUGUGCUCAGCCUGAAAGCGCACAACUUUGAGCAGGUCUUUGGCAUGCCAGUGGGCACAGAUCUAGACAAGGCCGACCGAAUGCUUUAUAAGGCCACGCGUCGCAAUACAGCGCUAUUGGUGACCGAGGUCUCGCUGGAUGCACUGCGCCAGCCGCUGCAAUUUGGCACAAUGCGCAGGACAUCAGAAAACGAUGCCACCAAGAAGACGGAAUCCAGAGACAGUAUAACGGAAUAUGUCGAUACCGUUAACGCAGCCAAAGGAGAUGCAGCCAAAGCUGAUGCAGCCAAGCGCAAAAUGGCCAUCGGCAAAGCUACCGUCCUGCACGUCGACUGGCUGCGGGAGUAUGCCUUUGAGAUAGUCGUCGACGCACGCUUUGUGCCGCCAGCCGUGAUGAACGCGCUCCGUACCCAACCCAGCGAGGAACUGCCCAUUUGGGACCCCAUGGGCGCGCUGCUCAGUUGAUGAAUGAUGAGUCCCCAGAUAGAACCUGUUCAGGGCUGGCUAUCUACUAGUUCAACAGCUCAUCAAUUUAAAGUGACAACAUGUCAUUUGACGAACUCUUUCGAUUUUAGCUCAAACAUAAAUUAUGGCUUGAAAUGAAAUUUAGCAGGAAACUAUAUUUAAUACUCGAAGAUUAACAAUAAA